AUGGAAUCUGCUGUGAACCUGAUAAGCUCGCAAGCUAUAGCAAAGAAACUGAGCCUGGUGUACGAGAUUGACAGAAAGUGCCCUGUGGAGAUUAUGGGCGAUGUCACACGUAUCCGCCAAAUUCUGUUGAACCUGAUGAGCAAUGCAGUCAAGUUCACAAAGGAGGGGUCGAUCCAUGUCACUGUCACGGUUGAGAACCUGCCUGAAGUCAGGUUUGAAGAUGAACAAGACCCUGUCAAAUUGCUUUUUUCUGUGAAGGAUACAGGUGUCGGCAUCCCAUCGGAUCGAUUUGAUAAGCUAUUCACAAGUUUUUCGCAAGUCGAUGAGAGUACAACACGAGAAUACGGUGGCACAGGUCUGGGUCUCGCAAUUAGUAAACGGCUCAGCGAGAUGAUGGGCGGCAGUAUGUGGGUCGACAGCGUUCCCAAUGUCGGCUCCACCUUCUACUUUAACAUUAUCCUUGAUAGUCCCCCGGCAAAUGAGAAUGCAUUUGUGUCUGGUUUGGUUCCUACUCCUGCUACUGUAGAUAUGGUACAAGUACCGCCAGAGGAGAAGCUGGUCAAGUCGAUGAUGGGAACGGAGAAAUCCAUGAUAUCGAUUAUGCCACCUAAAGAACAGAGUGUACCCAACUUUCGAGAAGUAAGGCCCAGAGCUGGCUCAGGGAUGGGAUCGGAUAUGAAGCUUCCGUACCAGCAGCCACGGCCCGAACCUCAGUCUCGUCUCGGUGAAGGAAUAGAGGUUCCCAUGGCUAAGAGAUUGUCACUGCAAAAAGCCAGAGCCGCAUCUAAACGAAAUGCUGGCGGCAGGUCCUCAAUAGAUACACCUAGCUCUACGGGAUACGCAUCGCCAUCGUUGGCGGCUGCGGCAGCCGCCUUGUCUUCGACAGCGCGCAAGAUGGCUAAGGUUCGGGUGCUGGUAGUGGACGAUAACCCCGUAAACCUAAAGGUAGUCUCCAAGAUGCUCGCGCGGCUGGGCGUAAAGCCAGAUGAGGCCAACAAUGGACAAGAGGCCGUUGAGCUGAUCGAAAAGAAUAAUGAUGGUCAGAAGCAUUUCGUCCCCUAUGAUCUCAUAUUCAUGGAUAUAUGGAUGCCCAAGAUGAAUGGCUUGGAUGCUUCAGUAUACAUCCGCAAGCAUUUAUCUGGUGGUACAUCGGAUCGACCUUACAUCAUUGCGAUGACAGCAUGUGUGAUGCCGGGUGAUCGAGAAAAGUGUAUUGCAGCAGGCAUGAAUGACUACAUCAGUAAACCUCUGCGUAAAGAGGAGCUGGAGCAAUGUUUGCGGAUAUUUACAACUCACCAUCUGCGUCAAUGA